UACUUACUAAUAUACCACAUUUACAACGCAAAAGAUUUCAACAAUGGAUAAUUCCAUCAACGACGGCAGAGUGUCAUUUGACCCUGGAUGGAAUGAUCCGCCAAAGAUCUCCUUUAAUAGUCAACAAACGGCUCCGAAUCGACCUCGUAACUUUUUGAACAAAAGAGUUGCCUUUCCCUUGUCAGGGGCUAACACAAGCCCUGCAAGUGCACCCCAAGUCAACAUGCCACCCAUGCCAUCCGGUGCGCCCACCGCACUGGUUCCACCGAGUUUAACUCAGAUAAACAUUCCCAGUAACUCUGAAUUAAGCAUUAAUAGUGAAAGUGUUCUAGUGGAAGUGAAGACUCUCCUACUAGAGUUAUUAGGAAGCAGCAGUGAGCUGGGAGCCAAAGCAAAUGAUAUAAGAAGAAGGUUAGAUGUAAUGGAGCAAAUGUGGAUGGAUGGAAAAUUAAAUGUUGAAGUACAAGCAAAAAUGAAGGAGCUUGCCCAUGCUCUACGGGAUGAUGAGCCUAAAAAAGCAGAUGACAUCCACAAAGCUCUGAUGGUGAAUGAAGUGAGCAAAGUGGGCACCUGGAUGCCAGGAGUCAAACAACUAAUUCAUCAUUCCAUAGCUCGGUCUGAGCUGCUUUCUAUAGACAAAGAGUGACAUCAAACAGUGCAAUUUCGUAAAAUAAAGAGUGGCAUGGCGCUAAGUUAACUAUAAAACCACCGCAACUAUAAGCCAGUCUACAAGUUUAACACAACAUCAAAUAUCAAAACCAAUCUUUUUGUUGUUACCUCAA